AUGCAGCUUUCUGGCCGCGUCCUGGGGUUCCUAUUCGCAGUCGGUCUUGUUUGUUGCUUCACGAUGCCCGGCGCAGCAGCAGCAGGGUCCUCCCCCGAGGAGCUGCAGCAGCAUUUGGAUAAUGCAACUCAGGUGGUGGAGUUCUCGCACGUGGGAGGCGCGGAGUCCGCAGACACUGCUGAGAUCCGCGUGCCCGUGGGGUCCACUGUGGUGGUGCGGCUUCAGAGCGUUGGGGGCUACAGGCCAGUGUUGGUGAGUGCCCAGAGUGGGGCUGUGGGCCUCUCCGAGCUUUCCCAGGCUUCCCCCAGCUCGGCCGAAGACGUCAAGCAGCUCAUAGAACAGGGGCCCCCCAUCCCCGAGGGUCUGCAGGUACAGCUUCCCACGCCUUUCACCGCCCCCUCAAGCGGAGGCGGCAUGGGCCUCGUGGGGGCCCCCGUCCCGUUUCUAAGUGUGAUCCGGGCGGGCGAGGCGGGCACCUACUCGCUGAGAUAUGACAUUGUGAGGCCCUGGGCCCCUUCUGAUGGCUCCCAGUUCCUGCUGAAGCUCCACGUGGAGAAGUCCUGA